UUUUCUCUAAACUUUCUUUUAUGAUUGUAGACGGUAUUUUACCCUUAUUUUUUUCUCUCGCUCCCUCCCUUUCUCGAUCACAGCAAAGAACCGCCGGUCGCUGCAGCUUCAGACUGAACACCAUCACGCCGGUGUUCCAAUGUGAUGCCAGCAGCAACCAACUCCAGCUCCAGCUCCUCUAAAGCAGACUUUCAUGGCGUAAUAAUUGGGGAACUGAAAAAUGAAAGUGAAGGUAGUGUGUAGGAAAAUAUACGAUUACAUUCGCUACGAUCUCAAAGAGAUUGCAUUUCCAUCUUCGUUGCCGGACCCUCCUCAUAUCAAGAAGCGUCGAAAGCUCACCUUCCACGAACGCUAUUUCGUGUUGAAAGAGGCUUCUAGGCUUUAUGCUGCAAGCUGGGUUCGUGAUAUUGGUCCUGAACUUCGGCCUAAUGAUUACAAGAAGGCUGAAGAGAGUGAAGAUAUGCCCAGUGGAGCUAAGAGCACGAAAAAAGAGAAAGAACCUUCUACCUUGGAAGAUCUUGCUGUUGCGGCCAGAGGAGGAAUGGAGACAUUAAGGCCUGCUUUACAGCGUGUUUACAUGACAAGGGCUUCUGCAUAUAAAGAUGCUCUUAAAAGUUUUAUACAAGGCUAUCAAGAAGGCAUUCAGCAGGCUAUGGAGAAAAAGGAUUCUAAAUCACAACAGGAAAGCGAUAAACCAAAUCAAUCUACUUAAAAUCUCUAAUGAAGAGGCAAUUAAUGUUAGUUAUCCUCCAGCACAACAAUAAUUAACUUGAGUUUUGGUGCUUUACAAGAGCUCUGUUUGUAAGAAAUUACUGGCUUUAACUGUUGCAUUUUAGAGUUUUAGCUCUUUUAAGGAAAAUUUGCUGAAUGUGGAUAUACCAGAAAGGCAGAAACUUUGUAAUAUGUUUUUCGGGGACAAAUAACUCUUUUGCAAUCUGAAAUUUUCCACUUGAUUUGUGAAUA